GUCGAUAAAUACGGUACGUCAUCCAAGUGUUUUUAUUUUAUUUCAAGAGAAAUAAUGCCACCAAAAGCUAGCGGAAAGGCAGCGAAAAAAGCCGGAAAGGCUCAAAAGAAUAUUUCGAAAGCCGAUAAAAAGAAAAAAAGGAGGAGGAAGGAAAGUUAUGCUAUUUACAUUUACAAAGUACUUAAGCAAGUUCAUCCUGACACCGGUAUAUCGAGUAAAGCUAUGAGUAUAAUGAAUAGUUUUGUUAAUGAUAUAUUCGAACGUAUCGCCGCCGAAGCAUCCAGAUUGGCUCAUUAUAAUAAACGUUCAACAAUUACAAGUAGAGAAAUUCAAACUGCAGUGAGACUACUUCUUCCCGGAGAAUUGGCAAAACACGCAGACAGUGAAAGAACUAAAGCAGUUACCAAAUAUACUAGUUCUAAAUAA